AUGCAGGCGACGCCGAGUGAGGCUGGGGGCGAAUCGCCGCAGAGCUGCGUGUCGGUAUCGCGCUCUGAUUGGACAGUAGGGAAGCCUGUCAGUUUAUUGGCCCCGCUGAUCCCGCCCCGCAGCUCAGGGCAGCCUUUACCCUUUGGCCCCAGCGGGCGCCAGCCACUCAGAUCGCUUCUUGUUGGUAUGUGUAGCGGCAGUGGCCGCCGACGGAGCAGUCUGAGCCCGACGAUGAGGCCGGGGACUGGAGCCGAGCGUGGAGGCCUCAUGGUGAGUGAAAUGGAGAGCCAACCUCCCUCGCGGGGUCCCGGGGACGGGGAGCGGAGAUUGUCCGGCUCAAACCUGUGCUCCAGUUCUUGGGUCUCUGCUGACGGCUUCCUGAGGAGACGGCCCUCGAUGGGGCAUCCUGGCAUGCAUUAUGCACCAAUGGGCAUGCACCCUAUGGGUCAGCGAGCAAACAUGCCUCCUGUACCUCACGGAAUGAUGCCACAGAUGAUGCCUCCUAUGGGAGGGCCUCCAAUGGGACAAAUGCCUGGAAUGAUGUCUUCAGUAAUGUCAGGAAUGAUGAUGUCUCAUAUGUCUCAGGCUUCCAUGCAACCUGCUUUACCGCCUGGAGUGAACAGUAUGGAUGUAGCAGCAGGUGCAGCAUCUGGUGCGAAAUCAAUGUGGACAGAACAUAAAUCACCUGAUGGAAGGACUUAUUACUAUAAUACUGAAACAAAACAGUCUACCUGGGAAAAGCCAGAUGAUCUUAAAACACCUGCUGAGCAACUAUUGUCUAAAUGCCCAUGGAAAGAGUACAAAUCUGAUUCUGGGAAGCCUUAUUACUAUAAUUCUCAAACAAAAGAGUCCCGCUGGGCCAAACCUAAGGAACUUGAAGAUCUUGAAGGAUACCAGAAUACCAUUGUUGCUGGAGGUCUUAUUACAAAAUCAAACCUGCAUGCCAUGAUCAAAGCAGAAGAAAGCAGCAAGCAAGAAGAAUGUACUACAACAUCAACAGCCCCAGUUCCUACGACAGAAAUUCCUACCACUAUGAGCACCAUGGCUGCUGCAGAAGCAGCAGCUGCUGUUGUCGCAGCUGCUGCAGCCGCUGCAGCAGCAGCUAAUGCCAAUACUUCCACCACACCUACUAAUACUGUGGGAAGUGUUCCAGUUGCUCCUGAACCUGAAGUUACUUCCAUUGUUGCUACUGCUGUUGAUAAUGAGAAUACAGUGACUGCAUCAGCUGAGGAGCAAGCACAGCUUGCUAAUACUACAGCUCUUCAAGACCUAAGUGGCGAUAUAUCCAGUAACACUGGAGAGGAACCACCUAAACAAGAAACUGUAACCGAUUUUACUCCUAAAAAAGAAGAGGAAGAGAGCCAACCAGCAAAAAAAACAUAUACUUGGAAUACAAAGGAGGAGGCAAAGCAAGCAUUUAAAGAAUUAUUGAAAGAAAAGCGGGUACCCUCCAAUGCUUCAUGGGAGCAAGCUAUGAAAAUGAUCAUAAAUGAUCCUCGGUACAGUGCUUUAGCAAAGCUGAGUGAGAAGAAGCAGGCAUUUAAUGCCUAUAAAGUCCAGACAGAGAAGGAGGAAAAAGAAGAAGCAAGAUCAAAAUACAAAGAAGCUAAGGAAUCCUUUCAGCGUUUUCUUGAAAAUCAUGAAAAAAUGACUUCCACAACCAGAUACAAAAAAGCUGAGCAAAUGUUUGGGGAGAUGGAAGUUUGGAAUGCAAUAUCAGAGCGUGAUCGUCUUGAAAUCUAUGAAGACGUUUUGUUCUUCCUUUCAAAGAAAGAAAAGGAACAAGCAAAGCAGUUACGAAAGAGAAAUUGGGAAGCCUUAAAAAACAUACUUGACAAUAUGGCUAAUGUUACAUACUCUACCACUUGGUCUGAAGCCCAGCAGUAUCUGAUGGAUAAUCCAACGUUCGCAGAGGAUGAAGAGUUACAGAACAUGGAUAAAGAAGAUGCAUUAAUAUGCUUUGAGGAACACAUCCGAGCUUUAGAAAAGGAAGAAGAAGAAGAAAAACAGAAGACUUUGUUGAGAGAAAGGAGGAGGCAGCGUAAAAAUAGGGAAUCUUUUCAGAUCUUUCUAGACGAGUUGCAUGAGCACGGGCAGCUGCACUCUAUGUCCUCUUGGAUGGAGCUGUAUCCGACCAUUAGCUCUGACAUUCGAUUCACUAAUAUGCUGGGUCAGCCUGUUUUUUCAUUAGGAUCAACUGCACUUGAUCUUUUCAAGUUUUAUGUUGAAGAUCUUAAAGCACGAUAUCAUGAUGAAAAAAAGAUAAUAAAAGACAUUCUGAAGGAUAAAGGAUUUGUAGUUGAAGUAAACACUACUUUUGAAGAUUUUGUGGCAAUAAUCAGUUCAACCAAAAGAUCAACCACUUUGGAUGCUGGAAAUAUCAAGUUGGCUUUCAAUAGUUUACUAGAAAAGGCAGAAGCCCGUGAACGUGAGAGAGAAAAGGAAGAAGCUCGGAAAAUGAAACGAAAAGAGUCUGCCUUUAAGAGUAUGUUGAAACAGGCCACUCCUCCAAUAGAACUGGAUGCUGUCUGGGAAGAUAUCCGGGAAAGAUUUGUGAAGGAACCAGCAUUUGAGGAUAUAACUCUAGAAUCUGAAAGAAAAAGAAUAUUUAAAGAUUUCAUGCAUGUGCUUGAGCAUGAAUGUCAGCAUCAUCAUUCAAAGAACAAGAAACAUUCUAAGAAAUCUAAAAAACACCAUAGGAAACGCUCCCGCUCUCGAUCGGGAUCAGACUCAGAUGAUGAUGACAGCCAUUCAAAGAAAAAAAGACAGCGAUCAGAAUCCCAUUCUGCUUCAGAACAUUCUUCUAGUGCUGAGUCUGAGAGAAGUUACAAGAAAUCAAAAAAGCAUAAGAAGAAAAGCAAAAAGAGGAGACAUAAAUCUGACUCUCCAGAAUCAGAUACUGAACGAGAGAAGGAUAAAAAAGAAAAAGAUCGGGAAAGUGAAAAAGACAGAAGUAGGCAGAGAUCAGAAUCAAAACACAAAUCACCUAAGAAAAAGACUGGAAAGGAUUCUGGUAACUGGGAUACUUCUGGCAGUGAACUGAGUGAAGGGGAAUUAGAAAAGCGCAGAAGAACCCUUUUGGAGCAACUGGACGAUGAUCAAUAAAUUAUACCAAAUAUAUGUUUAUAGUAUGAUUUAAAGUCUAAUUCAGACCAGGGAUUAUUUUAAGUCCAAUUUACAUAACACUGGGUUUUAAUUGUGUCACAGGAAAAAAGUGCAUUUAUGUAUUGUUAUUGUGGACUUUAUAAAAGCAAAGGAAAUUGAAAAUAACUUGAUUCUGUCUCAAGAAUCAUAUUUUCCUAUGGUGAUAACUGUCUCUCUGUGACCCUUUCAUAGGGCACUACAGGAUGGAUUAAAAGUGGCAAUUGAAUGAUAGCUGCAGACGUCUCUGCUUUGUUUUAAGUCAGGAGGUGACCUGAUUUCCUUUAUACAAGUUGGAUUUUGAAGAUACAAUGACAAUUUUUUGAUAAUGUAGUACAAAAAAAGCACCAGCAACCUAUGAGAAGACUGCUUUUUUGUGCACUACUGAACUGGUUAAAGCCAACGUGAACUUUUCUGGUGAGCUCUUAAGAAAUAGGUGUUUUUGAUGGAAACUGGGUAGACCUCUAAUGUAGUGGUGCCAAUGAGCGCUGCUGUAAUAAAGACACCAUUAUUUUUUAUGGAACAUCUGAACAUUUUAAAAAGGCUCAUGAGGGCAUUAUUUUGGGCAUCUAUUUUGAGGUGAUGUUUUAAAAUAGCUAACAUCAAGUCAAAUUGUAAAUUAGUUUAAAUAUAUUGCCUUAAGGACCUACUAAAGAAUGUGCCACCAAACUUUUGAGUAAUAGUUGAAAUAUCCUUGUCGGGGGCGGGAAAUCAAUGUUGACUUAAACAUUUUCUUUUAAUUUUUAAUCCAAUCUUUCUCUUUCACUUUUUUUUAAUUCCAUUGAGGAGGUUGUAAAUUACCUUCCUUACUCACUGAGAAGUAUUGACUUCAUGGUACACAUUCUAAAGCAUUUCUGAUUUCAAUAUUUUUGUACAUUUUUAUCUAUUAUUAAACCUUCUCUUGUAGUGUGCACUAGUGUUUAUUUCUACAUAAGCUGCUCAGCUCUAAGGAAAUUGUAUGAUCAUUUUCAAGAUAAUAAAUCCCUGAAAUUUUGUUUCAUCCUACCCAUGGUAGCUACAUUACUUUUUUUUUUUAAUAUUUAUGAACAGCAUAAAUCAGUGCAUUUGAGAUUCUUAAACGUGUUUUCACCUUUAAAUUUCCUAUGGAAUAUUUUAGAAAGGCAGUGACUAUUUUAGAAAAGCAGUGGCUUAAACUCACAAUAACUUCCCAUGCUAACUUAAGGGUUAGUACUGUGAUUUAUGCUGUUGCCUUCAGUGCAGGAGGUUUUUGUUUCUUAUGUAAAGUUUAGCAGUUGGUCUUUGGUAUUUUUGUUAUUUUAAUUUGGACAUGCUGAAAUUAUCUCAAUUUGAGAUUUACAUAGAAUAUAAAUUAUUUUGUUGCCCUUUAAAUGAGUUAGGACAGAUCAAUACAACUCUUUUUCCAUCCUGCCCAGUGUUUUGAUUAAAUAUUUGUUUAAAAACUCAAAAAGAGAGAUACUUUGUUUCUAAACUUCUCAUUGCCAAGUCAUUUUCUGCUGAGAAAUAAUCUUUAAGAAAACAUUAUAAUCAAAUUGCUUGCUUGAGAUGAGUCCCCCUCAUUGUAUGUUACUCAGAAUACCUAACAACUGGCCACAGAAUUUCCUUGAAUUUAAUUUUCAGAGGUCCUCAUUUUGCAAUAGUCAGGAUUGCUGAUCAGUCCCAGUACUUGACAUGGAGGUCAGAGAUAGUCUUUAAAUCAUGCUUAUGAUUUUGGUAAACAAACCAGUAAUGUUUCAUAAGAGAAAUUAGAAUCUGUAAAAUAUGUUUUAAUUCCAUGAAUAAUGAUUUUUAAAGUACAACAUUAAAUUUUUGAUACAUUUGAAUAAAAAACUAUUGAUGUUUUAGCAUGUCCUCAAAACAGGUUUCUGUGCUUCUUAUAAUUUCUUCACAUCUUCAAAUUCUUAUAAAACAUGAUUAGUUAAAAUAUUCCUGCAGUAGACCUAUGCAAACCAGACACAGCAAAAGACAUAAAGUGAUUCUCUUAUUAAACAGCUUUUUUGUUUGUUUUCGUUUUACUUUUUGAAAAUAGGGCUUCUGUGUAGCAGCAGCUGUCCUGGAACUCUGUAGGCCAUCAGGCCUCCAACGCAGAGAUCCCCCUGCCUCUGCCUCUUUUUGUAAAUGUUACUGUGAACAGAUCAAUAUCAUAACAGAACCCUAUUGGUUUAAAUAGAAGUUUUAUAUCAGUGUGUUGAAUUUUGACUUUAGGUACCUGAAAAUGUAAUGUCCUUGCUAUAAAACCUGUAAACCAA